UCUACCCUGAGUGCGUAGCCUAGACUAGGGCACCUGGAGCACCAUGGCCCUUUCCGUGCGCACAAGCGGUGGAUCCCGGCAGUUCUCCUCUCGGAGCGGGCUCCCGGGGGGAUCUAUGAGAAUGUCCAGUUCUAGCGGCGGAGGAGGCUUUGGUGGAAGUGGGUUUGGUUACGGUGGAGGAUCUGGUGGAGGUUUUGGUGCUGCUUCUAUGCUUGGUUCAAGCUCUGGCUUCAGUGGAGGCUUUGGGGGUAGCUCAGGUGGAGGCUUUGGAAGCAGUUUAAGCAGUGGCUUUGGUGGAGGCUUUGGUAGUGGCUUAGGUGGUAGCUAUGCAAGUGGCUUAGGCAGUGGUUUUGGUGGAGGUUUAGGAAGCGGUUUUGGUGGAGGUUUAGGAAGCGGCUUUGGUAGUGGCUCGAGCACUGGCUUUGGAAGUGGUUUUGCUAGUGGUUCAGGUGCUGGUUUUGGAGGUGGCUUUGGCACCGGUGGUGGCGGGGAUGGUGGCCUUCUUUCUGGCUCGAAAAAAGAAACUAUGCAGAACCUCAACGACCGUCUGGCUGCUUAUCUGGACAAAGUACGAUCUCUGGAGGAGGCCAAUACUGAUUUGGAGCGCAAAAUACGAGAGUGGUAUGAGAAAAAUGGCCCUGGUGCUGGUAUCACUGGAUCGGGGAAUGACUAUAGUAAAUAUUAUCCAAUAAUUGAAGAUCUCCGAAGCAAGAUCAUAAAUGCGACUAUCGACAAUGCAAGAAUUAUUCUGCAGGUCGAUAAUGCGAGACUGGCUGCUGAUGAUUUCAGACUGAAGUAUGAGAAUGAAGUGGCUCUUCGCCAGAGUGUGGAGGCUGACAUCAAUGGUCUACGUAGAGUUCUUGAUGAGCUGACCUUGACAAGAACUGAUUUGGAGAUGCAGAUUGAAAGCCUGAAUGAGGAACUGGCUUAUCUCAAGAAGAAUCAUGAAGAGGAGCUUCAGGGCUUCCAAGGCAGUGCAGCUGGCCAAGUCAGCGUUGAAAUGGAUGCUGCUCCAGGAAUUGACCUCACCAAGCUUUUGAAUGACAUGAGAGGGCAGUAUGAAGUCAUUGCUGAGCAAAACCGUAAAGAGGCUGAAGCAUGGUUCAAUGAAAAAAGUGGGGAGCUGAAAAGGGAAAUCUCCACCAAUACUGAGCAGCUUCAGUCAGGAAAAAGUGAAAUCACAGAUCUAAAACGGACUCUUCAGAACUUGGAAAUUGAACUACAAUCUCAACUUGCCAUGAAAAAAUCCCUUGAAGACACUUUGGCAGAAACCGAAGGGGGUUACUGUGCUCAGCUUUCACAAAUGCAACUUCAGAUUGGGAAUCUGGAGUCUCAGCUGUUUCAGGUCAGGGCUGAUAUGGAGCGCCAGAACGCCGAGUAUCAGCAACUUCUAGACAUCAAGACUCGUCUGGAAAUGGAGAUUGAGACUUAUCGCCGCCUGCUAGAUGGCGAGUUUGUGAGCGCAGGACAGGGAGUUACAUUUGAAAGCUCAUCUCUGACUGGGUCCAAAUCACAAACACAGUCAUUGGAUUCUUCUCAGGAUCCUACGAAAACUAGAAAGAUCAAGACAAUUGUCGAGGAAGUAGUAGAUGGAAAAGUUGUUGCAUCCCAUGUUAAGGAAGUUGAAGAGAAGAUAUAAGACACAAUCUGCUAUUGCAAAGGAUCCAUUCAUUCCAUUCUUCUUUAAAAGCAGUAGUAGAUUAAUAACUUUGUUCUUUUGUAUGAAGUGAUGAAAUAGAUUGGCUUAUUUACUAAGAUUCUUCUACACAAAAUGAAACAUACAUUUUCAUUCAAUUCAUUUCAUUCAUUUCAAUUCUUUGUUCAGUAACUGAAAACAUGGCGCACACAUUAGGCAUUCAAUUAGAUAUGCUCAUGGUUUCCUUUUUGUAUUUUUAAUUAAUAGGUAAAAUGAUUUUGCUGUUCUCACCUCCUCUUCCAGUUUUCUUGACUAAUAAAAACGGCCUCAACAAGCUUCAAAAUACUAGUUACCUUUCGUCCUUCCUAAUAUAAUUUAGGAUUGUAGGUCUUGAUCCAUAUUUGUUAUUUCUGUUGGAUAUUUUGCUUUGCCAUGUACUCUGUGCAUGUGUGCACAUGUUUGCAUUCACUCACCAUGUAAGGAAGUUAAUCCACUGGUAGAACAAGCACAUAUAAAAAAACCUGUUUAAAGGUGGGAUUAAAACAAUACUUCAUAGCAUACAAUUUUAAAAUCUCAAUUUACAGCAAUCCUAAGGAUUAAGAAAGUUUUGCAAGCAGAACAACAUAUUGUAACAGAAUUAAUGCUGUAAGCACAGUGGAAAGAAAGAAAGUGCUACCUUCGUUUCAAAGUGUGCAGCAAACCCGGCUGGGAAGCAGCGGUCGGAUAUCCCAGAGUGCCCUCUGGUGGGAAUACUCUGGUCUCCUGAACUGCAAAUGUGACUUCCUGAACUCCACUCAAAUCAGCUAUUUUAAAGAAUCUCAUCCAGAACAAAAUUACAAACCAGAACACAAUCCCCUUAAAAUUUACAUCUAAUUCUUUGAAAAUAUAAAGUUAAAUUUCUUUUUCAAUAAUAUUCAGGCAAGAUACAAAAAACAUGUCUAUAAUGUCGAAUGACUUAGAGCUUGCUAUGUUACAGAUACCAGACUGAUCUGGUAUCAACAGAAAGGCAAAGAUGUCAGAUCGUUCAUAUCUUCAUUAAAUCCUUUCCUGAUGAACCA